AUGCUGAACACCAUAUUUUCUCUUUUCCAGAAACGUCCAUCUAAUAAUACUCCAAUGAUUAUGGAUGCUGAAAAUAUAUCGAACGAAUGUUUCGAACAAAUCUUCCAUCGAUUGGACAAACAGUCGCUUGUGAAUUGUAUCUUGACCUGUCAUCGUUUUGAGCAGCUUAUUUCCAGCUGUGCGUUUUGGGUAGAGCAUGCUCGCGUUCAAGGCAUUCCAGACGUUUUGCCAUCUCUAGAUUGGCGAAGAGCAUCGAAUAACAAAAAAUUUGGCGGCAAUGGAAACAACGAGAUUGAUGUAUCGACUUUUAACUUUGAUAUGAAGCGAAUUGUUCUCAGUGGUCGUGGUUAUUCUCCAAUUACUCCUCUCUUCGUUUCUCACUUUGAAGCUGCUCGAGAUCACACUAUUCGAGGUGUGCUUCGUUCGGACGAUUUUUCGAUUCGAGGACCUGCUGACGGAAUCAAAAUGGAAAUCGAUGGCGGACAUGGAUGUAAGAGUCAUCCUGAUGUAUCAAAUUGUUUUGCAUUUUCUUUCACUGCCGGCACUAUAAGUAUUUUCAUUGAUCUCAUCCACUCCGGAAUUGAUGCUUGGGUUUUGGAUCAUGUACGUCCCAAGAUUCGAAUUUCACAAAAAGUUAAUCACCGCCAUGACUGCUCUGCGAGACUUUCGUUUGCGGCGCAACUGAAUUACAAUGAAACGCAGUGGAUCCAAGAAAUCGGAAUGCGCCAAACUACAGAAAAUAUUAAUCAAAAAAGAUUCAAGUCAAUUCACAGAACUUGGGAACAGUGGACCGAAAACAACUGGGAAGAUUUCGUUAUUGAAUUUGACGACUAUCCCUCGGGAAUGCGUCACUUGACAGUUUUGAAUGAGGGACAAGAUGGAAUGUUCUGGGCAGGUUUCUUUGGUCCGAAAAUCGCUAACAUUCAAGUUCAAGUGAUAAUGCCAGAAACCCCUGUUGUGAGAUCAUUCGAGGUGGAUACUGAGAGAUGUCGCGAAGAUGAUAAUCCGAACGUGGAAGAAGAACCUGGUAGAUUCGGAGUACCAUUAUUCAUUCGUCAUCGCCGAAUGUGGGCCGUACCACCAGCGGUUGCUCGUCAAGCCGAAGAUAACGACGACGAAGAAGACGAUUAA